AUGUCCACGGCAGAACCCAUCAUACUUGAACCUAAUAUUGAUCGCAACGAGCUGGAAAGAUAUGCUGGAUUUCCGUGUGAAAUUUCCUUCAUCCAUCAAGCGACCAAGAAGGCCUCUAUUUGCAGUUUAAAUAAUUCAACAAUUGAUUUUUUGUUUCAUGACAGUGGUUGUUCUGAAACAGCUCCCUUUGCAGGACAUUACAAAAUGCAAAACUUUGUGGGUUGUCAUACGAUAUUGGCCUUUAAUAAUCAUGACAUUUAUAGAAAUUAUUUGAAUGUCGACAAGGCCAACAAUGAAAAAGCAUCCAUUGGGCAAGAGAUUGAAAACGACGAAGGAUUAAUGAUUGCUAUAUUUCAAUUGUUUAUUCAAGAAAACUUUCCAGUGGUAUGGAAUCAGCGAAAGGAAUAUGCCCAAAAUUAUCACACUUUAUUGAUGAAUAAUAACUUUGUAUUGUCACUAUUAGAAGAGUUCAAACCUACUUCUGGUGGAUUAAUAGACAAGAGUGACGUGCUUGCUUUUUUGUUUGCCAAAUUGAAAGCACUUGAUAUUGAGAAUGAGUAUUUUCCAAAAGUUCAGACUGUAUACGCAAAUUUUUUGGCUCAAUAUUCCAUUCAGUCGGUAUGGAGAUUUGCCAAACUUGCCUUCUUUGAUAGCAAUCGAUUCACACAAGAGGAUUUCAAGUAUGCCAGAGAAAAUGAUUCUCCCCCAUGGUGGCUCCAUACGACUUCAAUAUUUAUCGUACCGAGAAUUCUUGAUCUUAUUCGUUCCCAAGAUCCAUUCAAGCAAUUUUAUAGAGUACCAGAAAGCAAUGAUGAUUGUGUGCUUCUUUAA